GAAGCAAGGAGUGAAGGCAAACAUUGGAGAAUGGAUCUAGAGUAUUCCUUGGAUCUGACUUCUUACAAUAAACCAGUACCGCUGUAUGGUAAUCACUUUACAAUAAAACUAAAAUGAAAAUAAUCUUUUGUUUUUUUUUGGUAUGCAAAGACUAGGGAUUAAACCCUAGAAUUGUGGCUAAGAGCACAAGUAAUUCUACCAUCGACCACGUGGCUGAUGAUAAAUGAAAAUAAUGUUACAAUAACCAAAAUGAAAAUCACCUACACAAAUUGGAUCCAAUGACUUAAACCAUUUGAUAUAUUGACAGCAAAACUUGAGAAUAGCUGUUAAUUUUACAAGUCCUUAUACAGUAAUACUAUCAUAAAAUCUUAAUGGAAAUUGGAAAAUAAAAUAAUUCAAACAAACUCCUAAAAUGACUAGAACAAAAUCCUAACAGAAAUAGAAAACAAGAAAAUAAAAUAAUUAUCACAUAUUCUAAUGCAAAAAAAAAAUUAUAAAAAGAAAUAGAGUUCAAAUACUAAAAUUAACCAUAACAAGUGUACCCAUCAGGCUAUGCUUUAAAUUGGAAUGUAUUAAAUCUUGCACUUUCGCUUUAUGAGGAAGAUGUUGAAUUUGAAGAAAAAGAAGAGAAAGAUGUUGAAUAUGACGAAGAAGAGGAAGAAAUUGAUUCUGAGAAAGAAGAGGAAUAUGCUGGGUUUGUGAAUGAUUUCAAUUAUGCUUUUAUCUUGUUUUUAUCCUAAAUGGUUUCUACUACCAUGCCCCAAUACUAACAUCUUUUUGAAUCAAUUUUUUGUUCUUCUUCAAAAUAAUUAAGUUAUUUCUUUGUUCUUUUUCAUUUGUGUUGUAGGUUAGAACAAAAGGAAGUCUUUUUUUUUUCUAAAUCUGUUGAGAAAGAAGUGGUCCCCUUAUUGUUUAUUCAGAUGGAACUUUGUCAUGGGUAUGUAUUUACAUAUUACAUAUAACUAUUAAUUUGUGUAAAAAAAAAAGAAUAAUUUUGUCUAACUUGUUUACCUUUAAACUUUUAUUUAGUAACUUAAGCGAGAAAUUAGAGAAGAAGUCUCUGGACAAUACUGAAUUGGCUCGAAAGUGGUUUCGCCAAAUCAUGGAAGGACUAAAUCAUCUUCACUUGCUUGAAAUUGUGCAUAAUAAUUUGUCAAGAAAGAAUAUUUUUUUUU